AUGGCGAUCAGUGAUAUCGUCGCCGAUGAGUCGCUCUUACCAGUGCUUCAGACUAGCGCUGAGACUCUGGCCCAGUGCCAGCACCUUCUCACCCUACUAAACCCCGAUACUCUGCCCAACGACAGCGCCAAGCUCCGCGAACUAUCCUUAGCCGCAUCCAAACAGCAGAAACUCCUAUUCGCACUACUGGCCCAACUCCGCGGGCAAAAUCGGGAUGCCAUCUUUCGCGUGCGCGACACCAAGCAGUCAACUGCAGAGGCUCGACAGGAAAUCGACCGGCUACAUCUUCAGCUCCAGAACUUGUACUAUGAACAGAAGCAUCUAACAGGCGAAAUUGCGGCUUGCGAGGCCUAUGAUCACAAAUACCUGUCCCUCCCUUUGAUCCCGGUCGAAGAAUUCUUAGAGCUUCAUCCCGAACAUCGCGAGUCCAGCGAACAUGACCUCAUGAUCGCCCGCAUCGAACACGAGCAUGUUGAACGGGAGAAGCUGGAGCAAGCGCGGCAAGAGCUUUUGAAGCGUAAGCAGGGCUUGAUCGCAGAGAACAAGAAAAGGAAGAAUGACCUUGCCAACCUCGACCAAGAUCUCGAAAAGUUCAUUGAUGUAUGUCGUUCUGUGGGUCCAAGUCUGCUAUCGACGAGUCUGCUAAUAAGUUUCAUGACGUCUAGGCCGCUAAGCCGAUUCAAAAGAUCUUCGAGAAGGAAUAUUAGGCAUUGCAUGUGGAGGAGGCCUGGCUUUUUGACUGCUACAUCGGAUCGGCGUUACUGGUCAAUAUACCCUCGUUUUUGUGAUUUUAGAGUACUUCGCGUUGACAAUGACAUCCUGGGCCCGUUUGAGACUAUCUCUGCUUCUGUUGCCUCUCUUUCACGAGUCACAUUGAUUCUUGUGGUAGAUUUUGAUACAGGUCUCGUCAAGUCCCUUCACCCCGAACUAAUCUUCAGAGCUUGGUAUGAACCUCCCAACACCAUCCUUGCGACAUACUCAAGUUCCGCUUGGCUAAAAGUGAUGUCGCUUUCGCCUUGA